GAUGAGGCACGACGGGGUGGCUCUGGUGAUCUUGAUAUAUUGCCGCCAGAGGCUUCCAGACUUCCCGCUGGACGAUCUGGAGUGCCUGGUGACCACCACGGUCGAGGACAUCGUGGGGAGCAGAGAUUGUGACCUCUCCCUCCCCAGCCUGCCAGCUGUGUCCAGAGACGAUUCCCAGCACCUGCCCUGGAAUCCCGGAGAUUCAGACACCCUCCAGGAUCCUCUCUCUGCAACAUGAAACUUGGGGGCCGGAUGUGGUGGACCCUCCUGACUGGCCCCAGGCGGAGGAGAGGAGGCCUCUUGAGCCGGGCCUUUGGCUCACAGCAACCUCAUUCACACCCGACCGGGGAAUCAAGUGCCACAGAGCUGGUCCGCCGCUGGACAGAGAUCUUUGAGAAAAGAGGCAUCCCAGAGGCCCAGGAAUCCAGCGAGUACAUUGUAGCUCAUGUCCUUGGAGCCAAAACAUUUCAGAGCCUAAAGCCAGUAUGUAGGACCAAGCCACUGACCCCUCCGCAACUCCAUGACAUCCACAAGCUUUGUAGUCUCCGACUGCAGAGGAUGCCCGUGCAGUACAUCCUUGGAGACUGGGACUUUCGAGGGCUCAAUCUGAAGAUGACACCCCCCGUGUUCAUUCCUCGGCCAGAGACAGAAGAACUGGUUGAAUGGGUGCUGGAGGAGGUGGCCCAGCGUCCCCAUGUGGCUGGAACCCAAGGCGGCCCCCUCAUUCUGGAGGUGGGCUGUGGGUCAGGAGCCGUCUCGCUCAGCCUGUUGAACCAGCUCCCCGAGAGCCAAGUCAUCGCCGUGGAUAAGGAGGAAGCCGCCAUCAGACUGACCCGGGACAAUGCUCGAAGGCUUCGGUUGCAGGAUAGAAUUCGGGUCAUCCCCCUUGAUGUGACGUCAGAGGGGAGCUGGACACCCCUUCUGCCCUGGGCACCCCUGGAUCUGGUCGUCAGCAACCCUCCCUACGUCUUCCACCAGGACAUGGAGCAACUGGCCCCAGAAAUCCUCAGGUACGAAGACCCCGUGGCCCUGGACGGCGGGGAGGAAGGCAUGGACGUCAUCUGCAGCAUCCUGACCCUGGCCCCCCGGAUCCUGAAGGAUUGUGGAAGCAUCUUCUUGGAAGUAGACCCAAGACAUCCCGAGCUGGUUGGCAACUGGCUCCAGAGCUGGCCCAACCCGUACCUCCAUCUCGUCGCCGUGCGCCAGGACUUGUGUGGGAGGCCCCGGUUCCUGCACGUGCAGAAGUCCAGGCCGUAUGUGUGAUCGAUAGUCCCAUGGAGACUUCUAGGAAUUCCACAUGCAGUGCCCAAUGGGGCUCUCCAUGACUCCAGGUGCCUGUGGAGAUGUCGCCUCCCGUCACUCCCCCACGUGGACUCCCCGUUUCUAGGAGACGCCUCCAUGUGUGUUUACAACUCAUUUGCUGACUGGGCCUAGACCCUGAACUUUGGUUCUGGGAUACGUUCGGUUCCUCAUUCCCUGGAAAGGACGGGGCCAAGGGUCAUUCACCCACAAUCCUGGGGUUGCGCGUGACACUCACUCAACUGCAGGCUUGAGCCGGCGAGUCUACCCGCGGAUCUGUGACGUGGUUUUGAUCUGGCUCAGUCCAAAACACAUUGUGAUGAAAUGGG